CUUGUUUCCAAACAGCGACACAUACCACAGUACAUUUCAUUUUCUCAUGUAAGGGAUGCUGGCUGUGUUGAUGUUGAGCUCUUCCCGUAGAACAUUAGUUAUAUAAAAUAUCAGCUAUGUCAGGCGCUCGAUAUUUCCUCUACUUCGCUUUUGGAAGUAAUUUAUUGAAAGAGAGAUUGCAGCUGAAAAACCCGUCAGCAGUUUUUCACUGCGUCGCUCGACUCGAGGGUUAUGUGCUACAGUUUGGUCUGUGGGGAGAAAAUGUGGGCAGCAGGUGGAACGGUGGAGUGGCCACGAUUGAGGAAUAUCCAGAUGAAGAUGUCUGGGGUGUAGUGUGGAAAAUGGCGACAGAGGACAUCACGUCUUUAGAUAAACAGGAGAGCGUAGACAAGGGUGUCUACAGCCCCAUGGAGGUGACAGUGGAGACAGAAACUGGACCGCUUCUCUGUAGAACAUAUAAGAUGAACAACUUCAGACCCUGUGCUCCAUCACCACAGUACAAAGAGGUCAUAUGUUUAGGGGCCCAACAGAACGGAUUACCUGAAGACUAUAUAAAGAAGCUACAGGCUGUGGAGACCAAUAACUACACUGGACCUUCAAUUUUAGAUGAUAUUAAAAAGCGUAAGAACUGAGUGUGUGUGUGUGGGGGGAGGGGGGGGGGGGAUGAAUUCAUAAUUCAUAAUUGGUUAUGCUUUACAUUAGGGAUCCCUUAUCAGUAGUUUAGAGGAACAAAUCAUAUACAACCCCAAUUCUGAAAAAGUUUGAAAAGAGUCGUUUGAAAAUUCACUUCACCCUGUACUACAUUGAAAACACAUUAUUAACACAUUAUUUGAUGUUUUACUUUGUGAAUUUAAUGAUUUUUUUGUAAACAUACACUCAUUUCAAAUCUGCAACGCACUCCAAAAAAGUUGUGACAGUCAACUGUUACUUUUUCUUUUUACCUUUUCUUUUAAUAACACUUAUUAAGUGUUUGGGCGCUGAAUGAAGACACCAGUUGGUUAAGUUUAGCAAGCGGAAUUUUUCCCCAUUCAUCUAAUAUGCAUUUGUUCAGCUGCACAACUGUACCGUGUCUUUGUUGCCUUAGUUUGUGCUUCAUAGUGCAUCACACAUUCUCCAUCGGAGACAGGUCAGGACUGCAGGCAGGCCAUGCUAGCACCCGCACUCUGUUUACGCAACCAUCCGGGCAGAAUGUGGUUUCUGAUAACUGCUUGGCUGGUCCUUUUCCUCUUUGGCCCGGAGAGCAUGACUGCUGUUUUGUCCAAAAAAUUAUUAGAAAUGUUGACUCGUCGGACCACAGAACAUGAUUCCACUGUGCUACUGUCCAUCCCAGAUGAGAGCGAGCCCAGAGAAGUGGGCAGUGCUUCUGGACAGUGUUGAUAUAUGGCUUCUGCUUUGCAUAGUAAAGCCUCAACUUGCAUCUGUGGAUGCAGCGGCGAAUGGUGUUGACUGACAAAGGUUUACCAAAGUAUUCCUGAGCCCAUGUCAGGAUAUCCAUUACAGACUCAUGAUGGUUUUAAAGACAGUGACGUCUGAGGGAUCGGAGAUCAGGCGAAUCUUUUAAUUAUAUUGUGCACUGUAGAAGGUGAAAUGCCCCAAAUCCUACCGAUUUGUCUUUGGGGAAUGUUGUUCUCAAAGUGUUGGAUUAUUCACUGAUGUAUCUGUUGGCAGAUUGUUGAUCCUCGACUAAUCCUUGCUCUUGAAGGACUAGACCUUUUUUGGAGGCUCCUUAUAUACUCUGAUUAGACGAUUACCUCACCUGUUUCACGUCACCUUCUUAUUUCAACUUGUCACAUCGCUGUCAGUCCUAAACUGCCCCUGUUCCAACUUUUUUGGACCAUGGUGCAUGCAUCAAUUUCAAAAUAAAAGUUUCUCUUCGAAAAACUAUGCAGUUGAUUAGGUAAAACAUCAAAUAUCUCGUCUUUAUACGCUUUUUGUUUAAAUACAAGUCAAAGUACAUUUACAAAUCACUCCUCUUUGUUUUUAUUAGCAUUUUCCAUACUGUCCCAACUUUUUCGGAAUUGGGGUUGUACUUCAGCAACAAUGAACCAUACAGAACAGAGUAACUUUGAUAAAGUAUCUUGUAUUAAUGAAUGUUUUCAAUAAAGUUGUUGACCAGCUUCA